GUUGUUAGAAAUAUUAAAUUAUUUUGAACAGAAUAAAUGUACUUUAAAGAGUCGUUGAAUAUAAACAAUUUGUAAAAAUUGACAUAAAUAUGUUAUUUUUGUUGAUUUUAACUAAACUGAUAAGUGGUAAUCAUAUUAAUACAAAUAUUUAUCGAUGAGUGCUUUUUGAGACGGAGUUUCAAGAUAAUUAUAAUGAAUUGUUAAGUUAUUAGUUAAUUAAAAUUGAACCAAGUUAUUAGUAUUCAAAAACAUAGUAUACGAAUAAGACGUAUUUUAUUGCAACAUAAAAUUAUAUUAGUUAUGGAGUUUAUCGUUGAAAAAGAACUGAAGGAAAUCGUCGACGAAGGUGCGUUUGGGAAAAAUUGUAACUUAGUGUCAUUCAAAUUACAUAAUUUUAAUUAUAUGGUAAGAGACAAGGAAUGGUGCUACCAACAAAUAUAUUGUGGUGUUACUAUAUCAGACGGAUCACACCAUAAUAUAAUGAUCAAGUUAAAAAAUCAAGACUUCGGAGUUCGUGAAUGUUUUGAUAUAGACAUACUUUUCCAUAACGAAUCAACUUUUUACGAAAAGAUCUUACCGUUCUUAUUAGAGUGCCGUGGACCAACAGUUAAUGAUGAAAAUGCCCUUUUUGUACCUCGUUAUUUUUAUGGUCGUCAUAAUUGUAGUGAACUUAUGCCAAAUGAUUUGAUUGUUAUAGAAAAUGUUAGUAUAUUAGGAUAUUAUUUAUGUAACGAGAAAGUGUUCUUGGACUACGACCAUUUAACAAUCGCACUUCAAAUAAUAGCAAAGUAUCACGGACUGUCGUAUACUGCCAAACACAAAGACCUUGGUAGAUUCCGGGACAUCAUCGGUUGUAUCAAAGAAGUUCAGUUCAACGGGCAAUUGAUGUCGCAGAAUAACCUGUUAAAAUCUUUCGGCCAACGAGGGAUGAAACUACUGUUGGAAAGGGACGGAGACAGGUACCGAGACCACGUGCACAUGCGCCGCUUGAACGAGUUGUUCGAUGAUGCAAAGAACACAAUGAUGCAGACAUUGAAAGUUCGCGAACCAUUUUCGGUCAUAUGCCACUUGGAUUACCACCGCGACACCCUGAUGUUCCAGUACGACGAGUGCGGACGUCCGUUUGACGCGCUGACCAUAGACUUUACAAUGCCACAUUACGGGUCACCCGCCUUGGACCUGUCGUCGUUCCUGUACACGUCCACAGCGCAGCAGAUGCGGGAAUCGCACUGGGACGACUUGCUGGACAUCUACUGCUCCACGCUGGCCAAGUGCGUCCCGCCGGGUGUCCGUGUCCCCAAUCGAGCCGAAAUCGAUGCCGAGAUGGCCGCGACCGCCAUCAACGGAUUGGCCAAAGCGUUUACUGGCGUACCGUAUUUUUUACGCUCCAGAACCGAUGAACUGGACAUGUUGAUGACGAGCGACGAUCCGAUGGACUACUUUCUGGCGUUGGGCGGUGACGUGGCAACCGAAUGUUUAGCCGACACUGUGCAGCAUUUGGUCGACAUGGGCUACACGGAUGUGUGACGUGACUUAAACUCUGAUCCAGUUUAGAAUUUAAAUUUAAAUUAAUACAGUCAGCCCACAUUGGUAGUAAAACAGAUUUGAGUGUUUUGUGCCUUAUUUUGUCGCAUACACUUUUAGAUCAUUUACAUGUACGUAUUAACUGUAAAUGAGUGGACUAAUUUAUUCCCAUCUCAUCGCUUGAAGUGUUGUGAUAAUCGAAUGCAAUUGUAUACGAAUUGUAAACCUUCUUUAUUUUUCAUUAUGCUUUAUGAGUGUAAGAUAAAACUAGGUAUACUGCCACUGUAAUGUAACAAUCGUAUAUUUAAACAUCUUACUAUAAGGUAUUUGUAUUAUAUUGUAUUAGGUACAUAUCAAAUUAUUUUAAAGCUGUUUAAAUUAGUUACCUAUAUUAAGUAUUUUUUACAGCUCUUUUUUUACAAAAAAUUAUAAAAUAAUAGUAAAAAAAACAUUCUGCUUACAAUCUAUAAAAAUAUACAAACAUGUUAACCUAAUUUGUGGUAAAGCUAUUCUUAGCUUAGGAUUUCUGAAGAGAAAUUUCUCUGAACUUAACAAUACUAAUUGUCUUAUAAUUUAUCUCUUGUUAGACCUAUUCUUGAGUUUGGCUAGAUUGUUUGGAACCCAGCUCAAGUUGGUUAUACAAAACCCACUUGAGAAAAUUCAAAGACAAUUUCUUCGUAUGCUCAUAAAAUCGGUUUGGAUGGUAAACCAGUAAGUGAUGUCGCCAUAAGAUGCCAAAUACAUUCUUCAGAACAUAGACAGCUUAAUUUAUACGUAUCAUAAAUCUAUAAACUUUUAAAUAAUAAAAUCGAUUGUCCUGAUCUAGUGGAACAAAUUUUUAUCAGGCGCCAGAUUAUUAUACGCGUCGAUCUCACUUAUUUUUUUACCAAUCUAGUUAAGAAUAAUUUCUGUAAAUACAGUCCACUUAACCGUAUGCUGAGCUCUUGUAACGACAUCUCAAAUUCGGUUUUUCUUUCUUUGGUAAUGUUAACAAACCUAAGCUCUUUACAUAGUAACCGCUAAUUUAAAUUUUUUUAGUAUAUUUUAUUAUUUUAUUUAAUCUAUUACUAAACCAUUAUAAUAAUUGCAUCUUUAUCAUAUUGUAAAUGAAUAUCAUCAUGUGUCAUUAUUUUAUAUUGUUAAACUUAAUUGUAAGCACUCCGUAAUUUGUAUUAUUGUAGGCUUAUGUAUUUCUGUAACUCAACACCCUUCAAGGGUACCACUUACUAAAUAAAUAAAUAAAAUACAAGUA